CUGGAUCUGCCUGGGCGGGCUGGAGGGGGGCGCCAGGCGGUGGCCGACCGGCCGGCCGGGAGGGAGGGAUGCCGGGGCUGGGGAGUGGGGUCCCCCUGAGGGAUGGCAAUCGCCCCUGAAGGCCGGAGGAGGGGGCCCAGCAUCAGCAUCCAGGCUCCCUCCUGCAUCCCUCCUGCAUCAGCACCACCAGGAGCAGCACCGCAGCCUCCCCCGCCUGCUGCAAAGGCAGGAUCUGGGGCUAAACUUCCCUGAAAGCCGCCAGUCUUUCCCCGAGGAGCCCCCCCGGGGGCAGCCCUCCCCACCCCACUUGGCAUGAUGAUGUGCGAGGUGAUGCCAACCAUCAAUGAGGACAACCGCCGCGGCUCGGCCUAUGGGGCCGACGACGCCAACUUUGAGCAGCUCAUGGUCAACAUGCUGAAUGAGCGCGAGCGGCUGCUGGAGACCCUGCGCGACACACAAGAAAGCCUGUCCACCUCCCAGCUGCGACUGCGCGAACUGGGUCACGAGAAGGAGUCCCUGCAGCGCCAGCUCAACAUUGCCCUCCCGCAGGAAUUUGCAGCGCUUACAAAGGAGUUGAACUUAUGCCGGGAACAGCUGUCAGAGCGAGAGGAGGAGAUCUCGGAGCUGAAGGCAGAACGGAACAACACACGGUUGCUGCUAGAACACCUGGAAUGCCUUGUAUCGCGACACGAACGCUCCCUCCGCAUGACGGUGGUGAAGCGGCAGGCCCAGUCGCCGGCCGGUGUCUCCAGCGAGGUGGAAGUGCUGAAGGCCCUCAAGUCUCUCUUUGAGCAUCACAAGGCCCUGGACGAGAAGGUUCGAGAACGGCUGCGAGUGGCGUUAGAGCGGGUUGCAGUAUUGGAGGAGGAGCUGGAGAUGUCCAAUCAGGAGUCUCUUUCCCUUCGAGAGCAGCUUGCCCGACGCCGAUCUGGCCUGGACGACCCCAGCAAAGAGGGAGACUCCCAGAUUUGUGCCAAUGGAUCCCUUGAGUUGGGGCGCGGGGGCCGGGAAUCGGAGCUGGAGGAGGUGUUGGAGCGCCAGCGAGGAGAGCUUUCUCAGCUAAAGGAGCGACUGACCAUGCUUUGCCGGCAGAUGGCAGAGCUGGAGGAAGAGCUGGCUACAGCCCAGCGGGACCUCAUCAAGUCUGAAGAGAUCAACGCCAAGCUGCAACGAGACCUCAAGGAGGCUCUAGCCCAGCGGGAGGACAUGGAAGAGCGGAUCACUACUCUGGAGAAACGCUACCUGAGUGCUCAGAGGGAGGCAACCUCUCUCCACGAUGUCAACGACAAGCUGGAGAACGAGUUGGCCAGUAAGGAAUCCCUGUACAGACAAAGUGAAGAGAAGAACAGGCAGCUACAAGACUGGCUGGAAGAUGCCAAGCAGAAGCUUCAGCAGACCCUCCAGAAGGCUGAGACCUUACCUGAGAUAGAGGCCCAGCUGGCCCAGCGAGUGGCAGCCCUCAACAAGGCAGAGGAGCGCCACGGGAAUUUUGAGGAGCGCCUGCGUCAGCUUGAGGCCCAGCUGGAGGAGAAAAACCAGGAGCUCCAACGGGCACGCCAAAGGGAGAAAAUGAACGACGAACACAACAAGCGCCUCUCGGAAACGGUAGACAAGCUGCUCUCUGAAUCCAACGAACGUCUCCAGUUGCACCUCAAGGAACGGAUGGGGGCCCUGGAGGAGAAGAACACACUGAGUGAAGAAAUAGCCAACAUGAAGAAGGUUCAGGAUGAACUACUGGCAAACAAGGAACAACUCUUAGCUGAAAUUGAGAGGAUGCACAUGGAGAUAGACCAGUUACGUGGGCGACCUGUCUCUACCUACUCCCGGUCCCUGCCGGGCAGCGCGUUGGAGCUACGUUACUCCCAGGCGCCCACGCUGCCCGUGGGGGCCCACGUGGACCAUUACAGCAGUGCUGGUGUGGCAAGACGUUCAAAGAAGGGCCGCUGGACCGUCAAGGACGAAGCUACCAAGGUGGAACCCUCUCAGGAGUGGGAACGCGCUCAACAGGCAGCUGGAGGCCCUUUCGAAGGCAGCUUGGACGGCUCGGAUGAAGACGAGCGUGAUCCUCUCUUCAGCUCAGCCGACCUGCUCUCCCCCAGUGGGCAGGCUGAUGUGCAAACCUUGGCCAUUAUGCUACAGGAGCAGCUGGAAGCCAUUAACAAGGAAAUCAAGCUGAUCCAGGAGGAAAAGGAAUCCACAGAACAGCGGGCAGAGGAAAUUGAGAGCCGGGUGACCAGCGCCAGCUUGGACGGGUCCCUGGGACGCUACCGCUCGGGCACUUCCAUCCCUCCCUCUGUCACCAGUUCCACUCUGGCCAGCCCGUCUCCCCCCAGCAGCGGCCAUUCUACUCCCCGCUUGGCGCCUCACAGCCCUGCUCGCGAUGGAGAAAAAAUGCAGAACCACGUUGCCAAGGAAGAGGGGCGAGGGUCCGAGGAGAAAGCCCUGGCCUUGUGCGAGCCCCCGGCUCCCUCCACCCCCCGCACGAUGCGUCUUGAGCGCAUGACCCAAGCCUUAGCUCUGCAGGCUGGAUCCCUGGAAGACGGGAGGGACCUGAGGACCAGCCUGGGGUCUGAUGCCACCAACAGCAGCCAGGACUCCUUGCACAAAUCCACCAAGAAGAAGAGCAUCAAAUCUUCCAUCGGGCGUCUCUUUGGCAAGAAGGAGAAAGGGAGGCUGGGGCAGUUGGGCCGUGAGUCCCCCUCGCUUGCUGGGACACCGUCAGACGAGAUGUCGCCUGCGGAUCCCCUGGGCCUUUCCAAGCUGUCGGGACCAGUGGACAAAGACCGCAGGAACAAAAAGAAGCAUGAGCUGCUAGAAGAAGCUUGCCGGCAAGGCCUGCCCUUCGCUGCCUGGGACGGGCCCACUGUUGUCUCGUGGCUGGAGCUGUGGGUCGGCAUGCCGGCCUGGUACGUGGCUGCCUGCCGCGCCAACGUGAAGAGCGGCGCCAUAAUGGCCAACCUGUCGGACACAGAAAUCCAGCGGGAAAUUGGCAUCAGCAACCCGUUGCACCGGCUCAAGCUGCGACUGGCCAUUCAGGAGAUGGUGUCGCUGACCAGCCCCUCGGCCCCCGCCACUUCCCGCACGUCUACUGGGAACGUGUGGAUGACGCAUGAAGAGAUGGAAUCUCUUACCGCCACAACAAAGCCAGAGACAAAAGAAAUCAGCUGGGAGCAGAUCCUGGCAUACGGUGACAUGAACCACGAGUGGGUGGGGAACGACUGGCUGCCCAGCCUGGGCUUGCCCCAGUACCGCAGCUAUUUCAUGGAGUCGCUUGUCGAUGCCCGAAUGCUGGACCACCUCAACAAGAAGGAACUGCGGGGCCAACUCAAGAUGGUGGACAGCUUCCACAGGGUGAGCCUCCAUUAUGGGAUCAUGUGCCUGAAGCGGCUGAACUAUGACCGGAAGGAACUGGAGAGAAGACGGGAAGAGAGCCAGAACCAGAUCAAAGAUGUGAUGGUGUGGUCCAACGAGCGUGUGAUGUGCUGGGUGCAAAUGAUUGGGCUGAAGGAGUUCGCCAACAACCUGAUCGAAAGCGGGGUGCACGGGGCCCUCCUGGCCCUGGACGACACCUUUGAUUGCAACGAUUUGGCCUUGCUGCUGCAGAUCCCUACCCAGAACACACAGGCUCGGCAGAUGUUGGAAAAGGAAUUUGGGAACCUCAUCACUAUGGGAACCGACCGGCGGCUGGAUGAGGACAGUGCCAAGACCUUCAGUCGUUCCCCAUCUUGGCGGAAGAUGUUCCGGGAGAAAGAUCUCCGUGGUGUCAGCCCCGACUCGGCCGAGAUGCUGCCGGCCAAUUUCCGCACAGCCUCCGUGGCCUCCAUUACCUCACCCGGGGUGCAGCUUCGUAAGAUGCAGCCAGAGGGGAACUCAUUAGGUAGCCAACGGGCAGACAGUAUGUCAGUGCGAACGUACUCCUGUUAACGCCAAGAUGACUAAGAUGCUGCCCUCGAGUGCAUCUGGCCGCCACCACGCCUUGGACAGGAGGACUCCCCGCCACCGCUGCCCCUUCCUCAUCGUGUGCGCCAAUCCAGACUGUGAGGAGCCGCUGCUGUUGUAAAGAAGGAGAAAACGGGACCACACGCGGGGAGGCUGGAGAGAGGGGAGGAGAGGGAACGAACAAGCUCCCCCCAACCCAACCCACCCCUUCCUCCUAGCAGCAGUGGCUUGUGCUCUCUGGCAAACCCUCGAAGGACUCAAGCUGAGGAGGGGGCCCGUCCCCAAAUCCGCAGGGGCUGCGGGCCUCCGCCUCUGGUGUCUAUUUAUUGUUGUUGUCGUUCCAGGCAGGGGCAUAAGAAUGUGAAAGAAAAUAUACGCCCAGCCCUGCCCACCCCACUCCUCCACGGCAGCCUGAGCUUCUCCCUGUCCUGAUUCCCAGUAGAUCCAGGGGCAUCUUGCAUCGCUCUCCCGUUGCCACGGAUCGGACCGACCAGCCCACCUGCCCUCCUUUUCCCUGCCCUCCUAAGGGUGCUAAACGUCCAUUGGCACUUUUUUUUUUUUUUUACUUUUGGGUUUUUUCCUGCCUUGCUGCUACAAAGGUGUACCUGGUUCAAGCUCGCGGCUGCCGGGAGGAGGUUGCUGCUCACGUUAACUCUCCUGCCCCUCUUCUCAACAAGAGCGGGGAGAACAGGGUGGAGGGUGGGUGGGUGGCGGCGCAGGUACGAGGGGGGCCUGGUUUCCCUCCUUCCGCUCCGGACUCUCGACUCACGGUGGGAAAUGUGAAGAGAAGCGCUGGCGGAGAAAGAGCCAGGGCCCACCCGCAGCAGCUACUUGAAUCACAGAGCUCUGAGCUGGGGACGCUUGUAUACUUUGCCGCUGCCUUUCCCCAGAAGCGGCUGCAUCUCGGCACAGGCGAAUCCCCUUUUAAAAACAGCUUCCCUCUUUUUCUCGCCCGGCCACCAAGAUGGAGCUCCCUUUCCCUCCGAGAGGACGGGUCUGGGAUUUUGAUGUGAGAUGGAGAGGGCGGUGGGACACCCCCCCCCAAAAAAAACCCCACCUAUCCGCACUAUAAUCCCAGCUCAGUAGUAGGACAAAACUGUAUCCUGGCCAACCGUGGGCUCUUUUCUUUCUUUCUCUUAAGAGGAGCAGGGAGUCAGGAUUUCAGGUUUGAGAUGCUCAAACCGGAAGAGGGAGAUCUCAGCCUGGGGUGGGCAAUUGAACUCUGGACUUUUACAAUAUGGCACACAGACCCCCCCACCCCUCCCUCCAAGACUACUGUAAUAUAAGAGUUGUAUUUUCUGUGUAUAUCUGUGCUGUGGAAUCUUGUGUAAAUUGAAUUUCUUUUUCGACCGCCGUUACAAGUUCUCUGUUAAUUUAAUAAUGUGUCCUUCUCUCCCCCCCCACCCCCUCCCCCCUGCACGCCCAUAAUUUUCAUUUGAUGUUUAUAUUUUUCUGCCUUUUUUGUUUUUGUUUUUUGUUUUGUUUUUUCCUGGGGAGGGUGUGCGGGGGUGAGGGGCAAACCAAAGGGGGUUGUUUUGCAUGAAAGUGGGGAGGGUGGGGGAGAAGAAGAAGAAAAAAAAUACAACCUUGACAAAAAAAAAUAAUUAAAAAAUAAUUCUUAUCAGGGAGAUUGUGAGGGGCAAACAGGAAGCGGAGGUGGUGCAGAAGAGAUCUUCUGCUCGCCUCAACUCCAGUUUACCUCAAGGUGAAGGGGAGAGGAUGGCGGGGCCGCAGUGGAGCCAGUGAUAGGAAAUGUUUAAAAAAAGAAAAAGAAAAAAAAGUUUGAAAAGA